GACCGGAAUCAGCGUAAAGCAGGAAGCAACGUGGAUAAUUUGUGGCUCGGUGUUGAAAGAACUCUAAAAGAAAAGAAUAUUAAUGCGGGUACGAACUGCAUACAGCUUGUUGCUUGCGAAGGUGUCAAAAUUAGCAAUGUUGGAGAUAAACGAUCAUUAGCGACACCGAUAAAAAAAGGAUCUAACGAGUUUAAGCAACAAUUAGGUAUCUAUAUUAUUUAUUAUUUGUGUUUAUUGAAUGUUACAUUAAUAGAUUUUAAAACUGAAGAUAAGGGGAACACAGUCGACGGUUCAUAUAAACGCAGACGUACAGAAGAUGAAGAUCAUGAAGAUCUGGAACAUCCAAAUAGCGAAAACUUUCUUAAUAAUGAAAAAAGUACUGAUAACGAUGAUGAAUUGGAAAGACAUGCUGAGGAGACCAUCCAGUAUGAUGGAAAGAUAUGGAUUGUGGGUAACACGAAAAUCAAUGUACGUGAUGCGCUAACGAAAUGGCAGAAACGAAAAGACAAACCGCGUACCGAUCUAGCAUUCUACGAUAUUAUAGAUAUUACUCCAGGUUCAAAUAGUGACUUUAUACGAUCUCUACCUAAUGACGCAAUACAUGAGAUGAAGCAGUUUGGAUCGUCAGAACAACUUGUUGUCGCGGAUAAUGUGAGAGAACUAAUUGUUAAACUUAUUAAGGCGGAUGACUUUCGCAAGGUUGUUGAUGAGAACUAUAUUGAAACACGAAAAAAUGAUACUUUGAGAUUCGUAUGGGACUUUGCGAAUCAUCUUGCGGAAUCAUUUGAAAGAGACGAUGACCUUACAGACUUUGAUUUGUCUGAACUAGCAUACCGAGAAAUUUUUCUGGCGCCUGUCAUUCAGUACAGUGUUUAUCCAUGCAGUGGCGAGGAGCAUUUAUUCGCAUCAUCUGAAGAACUUAAUCUGAAAAAAACUGAUAAAGAAUCUCGUGUCGUUGGAAACAAGGUUGAUAUUAUUUGGUCUCUAAAGUCAACAGACCUUGAAAUUACUGUCGGUGAAGUCAGUGGGCCGCCAAACCAGCGUGAUCAUCCGCACUUUUUCGGUGACAAAUUAAAGAUCGCCAAGAUGUUGAAGGUCAUAAUUAAUAGGAUUGUCAGAAAGCAUGACGGUACAGGUGUAAAAUUAUGCUCGUUGAAAUUAUAUGGAUUACAAAUAUAUAACAAUGAAGCAAUUGUCUACGAAUUGUCAGUAGCUUUUCAAGGGUUGUACAUUUUUCGUGAACUUCUGCGGUCAAAACUUCCAACUAAUAAGAUUGAAGUGGCGUUAAUGUCACGAUCCAUACCAGCGUUGCUCAAGUUCAGGGAGUUGCUUGAACAGAGUCUAAAAGGUUUGAAAGAUUAUAUUAUGGAUGCGUACAUUAUGUCAAUAGAUUCAGGUGAAAGUGCAAACCAGUUUAUCACAUUUACGAAGCCGGACAAAGAAACAACUAACCUCAUC